UGUGUUGUAGAGAGUGUAGACAUAACACAUAAAGAUAAAUUCGCCGCAAAACUUUGUUUUGCCCAUUGAGGCUUGUUCGUCGAUGUUUCGCAUUUUAAUUUUCAGUCUGAUUUUUAUAGUGCGGAUGGAAUAAUAUCUUAGCAGGAGACUUCGGUACACCACAUGAUAGUGCAAAUUCACGUUUAUAGUGAUAGAAAAUAAAAUUGAAAAAUAUAAUCAAAAUUAUAAUCAAAAAUAUUCGAUUUUACUAUUUUGUAUGUGCAUUUUUGGAAAAUACCUUUUAAAAAAAUUAAAACUCCUGUUAUAUACUAUUCUGCAAGGCAAAGAAGAAGAGUGUUAAACGAUUUUUUUUUUUGGCGGCGGAAGUGGUUGGUCUGUUAAAUGUCUCUAUAGGGAAAAGGAUUGGCCUUCGUUGUUCGAUGGGGUGGUCGUUGUGGUAUAUUAAGUGAGAGUCCAGUUCAUAGUGUGUUUGUGUACCGUUAAAAAAAAAGAAAAGAAUACAACAAAAAAAUAAAGCGUAGAAAAAGUAGAGAGAAGGACUGCCGGUAAAACUGCAUUACCGACUAAACUAAUCCAUCCCCUUUCCUUGAGAAUAUUGAUGCGGUGCACAUUUUUUAUGUGAAUUUAUCAUCCUUUGUAGUUACGGGCGAAUCCGUUUUUCUGAUUGUACAACUUUGUUUUGAUUGUAUCGAGGCAAAAGUAGAUAUUUUUUUAAAAUCAUAUCAGCUAGGAUUUGUAAGUGAAAUUUUGAGAAUUUCUUUUACAUAUAAUAUUUUGUGCCAGUGCUUGAUUUAUAUACCCAUCAAUAGUUUAUAAUAGUAAAAAAAAAAAAUACCUACGUAUAUGUACCAUACACUACUGUGUUCUUUCUACGCAAUUCCAACAGAAAGAAAAAUAAGGAUGUCAACAAAAGGAUCAUUGAACUUUUGAUAUAGCAACGACAAUAACAACAACACAGCAACAACUGGAAUCGCUAAUUUCCAGAAAGCCGUUAGAGCUGUCUUCAAAAGAACUGAACAAAAAAAAAAAAUAAAAAAGGAAAACAGAAUCUAACGUUAACUUCGAUGGACCAAUUUUUAAUACUACCAAUAUAGACUACAAACUCUUUAUAAUGGAUUUUUAAAAAGAAACUAUACAACAAUCAUCAAUCAACAACAUUUUCUAAUAUUAUAAAAAUCAAAACAAACAACAACAAAUUUAAGAAAACAUUUUCGACAUAUCUUUAUUGUAUUUAUUCGUAUACCUACCGACAAUAUUAUACAAAACUUUUCUAAGAAAAAGGAAUGCAGCGUUGUCCUUAUAUACAUGAAAUGCGAGAACGUCUUCUUUGUGAACAGCGUGAAUCAGUAGCUCUGGAACCAAUGGAACGUGCUAAUUUGCUUGACAACAGACAGUCGGCAGAAUCAAAUCAGGUCGGGACGGUUGUUAAGCUCCAUGCCGAUGGUUAUCACACAAGUCCAGCACACCAAAGAACUCCACUAGUGCCACGUGAUCUAGGAGAGGAUUUCAAUUUGGAUUUCGACGACGAUUUCCCAAUUGAUGCCAAACGCGGCCCAAAGAACGCAAACAGUGAACUGGAGACUGCAAUAGUAUCACCACCACCAAAAAGUUCAUAUUGUUAUACAAUUAGAAACAGUGGUACCAAUCCAUCAGGUAUGAGUCGAAGUUGCCUUCCAUACGAAAACCGUGGAAGCCACAAGAAGCAUCCCAUGUACUACCCGAAUGAGUUAUGGACGUCGCUCUUUAUCGUCACCAGUUUAGUGUAUGCCAUCAUACUAAUCGUUGUUUGUAUUGCAUAUGUGAUCAGUGAUGUGACAACACACCGUUUACCAGUUCUAUACUAUGAAGGAUUCUUUACCUAUUUGUAUGGCGCCAGUAUACUCUUCCUGCUGUAUGUCUUCUGUUUCCUCCUUCAAGAGAGUACGUGCUGCAACGGAGGCAGCAAACCGAAAGCACCACCAAAGGAGAAAAAAUCAAAGAAACAAAAGCAAAAGAAACCGGAUCCAGCCGAUUCCAAGGAUGGAAAGGGAAACAAGGAUUCCGUUAAAGGUGGAAAGCCUAGCCCGUAUCAGGACGCACAGGCUGAAGUUGAAGCUGCCGUCACCCCAAAGAAUGUCCGCAAACGAAAAACAACCCACAGUGAUCCCACCCAUGGUAGCUUCUUCCUUCGUGUUGGUGCAAUUGCUUUUGGAUUAGGAGCUAUGAUUUAUAUUGGCUUGGAGUUUGGUUCAUUCUUCGAGAUCCCAUUCGAGUCACCAUGUCAUCAUAUUCUGAUUGGAGUGAAUCCAUUGUUGCAGAUGGUCUUCACAUUCAUGCAAAUGUACUUUAUUUUCAUGAAUGCCAGACUCAACAUUCACCGCUUUAAGGUAAUUGCUCGCUUUGGAUUAAUGCAUGUUGUUGCAACCAAUAUUUGCGUCUGGAUUCGAACCAUGGUCAAGGAAUCUCUGCAUGAAAUAACUAUCUACCAUCAACGUCGUGGUCCAACUCCAGAGGAUUCAAUUAUUCUGGAAUCAAUUAGACGUCACACCUUGCGACAUGCUGGAACGGUCCUUCGAACCCACAUCGGACCAAACGAUGACUUUGAAAUGAUUGAAACCGAUUCGGCAGUCCAUCCACAAAAUGUUUUGUCCAAAAUGGUUCGGGCCACCGCCGAAGGUGUGACUCGGGGUCUAACAAGUGAUGACAUUGAAAUGACUACAGCUAGAACUACAUCCACCGCUAGUACUCCAUCGACAACACAAACUACCACCACCGAGUUGCCAUCAACCACUGCUGCUUUGGCGUGGGCCAGUACAACUAUGGCGCGUAAACUUAAGAAAUUUAUUACUUCUACUACCAGCACAACUACAACAUCAACAACAACUGAAGCUCCAGCAACACAUCUCUUCCAGUCGACGGUAGUUCCAUCUCAUCUCUUUGAUGCCUCUACAGGAGGAAGUAGCACGCCCAGCUUUACUACUUACAAAACACCCUCUAGCACCCUUUCGGCAUUCUUCUCAGCUCUAACUUCGUCUACUCCAUCAGGGUCUACAACUGAGAACGGAGUUCUCAUGAACAACUUAUUCGGUGGUCUUGAGAAUAGCUAUCAGACUUUUUCUGGCAUUUCGCAUCCUGAACCCAAUGUUCCAAUUGACGCUAUCGAGAGCUUGGACAAUAUUUAUCCAGCAGCCCUUUCGUCUAGCAUUGGCACUUUAAACUCAACUGCCUGUGGGCGUGUGGACAUUAUGGGAACGAUUGUUUAUGAUUCGGCACCUUAUUUGUACCCCUUUAUUAUUGAAUACUCGUUAAUUGGAGCCGUGGUAUUGUACGUAAUGUGGAAGCAUAUUGGACGUUAUCCAAGGCACAUGAAUGACGAAGAUCUAGAACACCGUUUGGAGGUAAUGUUAUCUCGGCGGGCUGUCGCUAUGGCCCAACAAGCUCGUUCUGGCCGUGUGGAUUGUGUUGGCUCAUCGAAGGGUCUCUUCUUCGGAUUGUUGCUUUUGGUUGGUUCGCUGAUUUGUUUGAUUUUGUUCUUUGUCCUCGUUCGUCAUCCACAAUUUUCGUUGCUGGCAAUUUAUCUAGCCGACGCUAGUCAUUGUGCUUUAAUGGCAUUUGCGGUUCUAGCCAUCAUUAUUGGUUUUAUAAGAGUGAAAUCAUUGAAAUUCCGUUGUGAGGAACAAAGUAAUCUAAACGACAUUCUACUACGCAUUUCAGCCUUUGGUCUAUUUACAUACUCAGUCUUUAGUGUUAUUGCUGGUUCAUUGAAAGCUCUAGAAAGUGAACCAAAUCUUCUAGUCAUGACCACUGGCAUUGGAGCUGUAUUCCAAGUUGUAUUGCAAUUGUUAUUUAUUGCUGAUGUAUCUAGACGUCGAGUACAUCUGCCCGAACAUGAUCGCAGCAAACCAGGACGACAGAUUGUUACAUUUUUGCUCAUAUGUAAUGUUUCAAUGUUUGCCAUUUAUACGUUUGAAGCUCAAAAGGUCUUUGCUAAUCCCGUUCAACUUGAUUUCUACGGCUUCGUUCCAUGGUCAAUAAUUCAACGUGUUACACUGCCCCUCUGCAUUUUCCAUCGAUUCCACAGUGCCGUAACACUCGCCGAAAUCUGGAAAACCACAUACAAAGCACGACUGGAGUAAAUUUAUUAUUUCCAACACAUACAAAAAAAAUAAAAAUACCUUUGCUACGAUUCUUACAUAAAAUUAUGUAUAUUAUAAUAAUUUAUCAACAACCUCCAAACAAAAAAAAAAAAUAUUUUCUUUAUUUCAAAAAGAAACAAACACAAAAUGUACUUCAAUAUUUUUCUAUAUAAUUUAAUUUUUAUUUAAUUUUUUUUUUCGUUUGUUGUUUCUCGUUAUUAAUACUGAUUUUAAUUCUAAGCAUAAUAUUUGAAAAUGAAAAAAUAAAAAAACAUAUAA